AUGUUAGAAGAUGUGCCCAUCCAGGUCCAGGAGCGAGCCAAACAUCUUAUCCUAGAUGGUAUUGGCUGUGGCAUCGUUGGAACUCAGGCUCCUUGGUCGAAGAUUGCGGCCCAGGCUGUCAGUGAAUAUGAGCCUGCUGGGUAUUCCCGAGUGAUUGGGCAGACGCAGAAAUACCCACCCCUUGCUGCAACUCUCAUCAAUGGCGCCUUCAUCCAGGCAAUGGAACUCGAUGACUACCACAGCAAAGCGCCCCUGCACUCCGCCAGCGUAGUCCUUCCUGCUCUUUUCGCCGCCGUGGAGGCCCAGCAGAACCGCCACGGGCACUCCUCCAUACGCGUCUCCGGAAGGUCAUUCCUCCUGGCAGCUAUCACUGGGUUUGAAACCGGUCCGAGGGCCGGCAAUGCAAUCUAUGGGUCGGAUCUCCUCUCCCGGGGAUGGCAUUCCGGCCCUGUCUUUGGAUCUCCAGCAAGCGCCGCCGCGACGAGUAAGCUUUUUGGCCUCAACUCCGAGGACACCGAGUCGGCCAUCGGCAUCGCCUGUACCCAAGCUGGGGGGUUGAUGUCAGCACAGUAUGAAGGUAUGGUGAAGAGAAUGCAGCAUGCCUUUGCGGCGCGGAACGGACUGCAGGGAGCCUUGCUCGCCCGGUCCGGAUACCUGGGCAUCAAAAAGGUCUUUGAGCGACCUUACGGGGGCUUCUUAGCCAUGUUCAGCCAGGGAAACGGCCAGACGCCCCCGUACAAGGUUGAGGAGUUGACUAAGGGGCUGGGGACUAUCUGGCAAACACAAGCAAUCCGUUUUAAGCUUUAUGCUUGCGUGGGCGGCUGCCACGGCCAGAUCGAGGUGCUGCAACAGAUGCAGCAGGACCACCCUGAUCGGUUCGCCCCGGAAAAGCUGGGAGGCAUCGAAACCAUCUCCGUGUAUCUGUCCGAACCGAUCUUCGCGCAUGAUGGAUGGAUACCGGAGCGACCUCUCACGUCGACGGGGGCGCAGAUGAGUGCGGCCUAUAUUGGCGCGGUUCAGCUGGUGGAUCGUCAGGUGUUUCCGGCGCAGUUUGACGAAGCGGCUCUGGACCGAGACAGCGUCUGGGAACUAACUGGCAAAACCACCUGCUAUCACAGUUCGGAAUUUGAUCAGCCCGACCACAUCUGCGGUGCGCGGGUGAUUGUCAAGUUUCACGAUGGGUUCGUGCUCGAGGGGGCAACCCCGUACCCAAAGGGCUACGAUCCGCCUCUGAAGAACGCUGACAUUCGCGAGAAGUUCCGUGGGCUGGGAGAGUCUGUCAUGGAUCCUGGUAGAGUAUCGAAGAUUGAACAGCUGGUUUUAGGGUUGGAGAAGCUCGACGAUAUGGUGGAGCUGUUAAGUCUGCUCGAGGGUUAA